AUGUCAAGUAAAGCGAUAAGAAUUGUUUCACCCUCUGGUUUUAGAGCUUUGUUGUCAAGCUCAUCUAAUCAAUCUCGAGUAAUCCCUAUUGAUGCUUCAUGGUACAUGCCUAAUUCUCCGUUUAACGGAAAAGAUCAAUUCUUGAAUGAGGACCGUAUUAAAUCCGCUGCCUUCUUUGACCUUGAUUCAAUUUGUCUCCCUGAUUCGCAAUAUCCUCAUAUGUUGCCUCCUUAUGGUGUAUUCAAUAAAUCUAUGUCCGAUUUAGGGAUUCGCAGAAGUGAUACAUUAGUGGUUUACGACAAAAGUGGUAUAUUUUCAAGUCCUAGGGCCGCCUGGAACUUGACACUUCAUGGGCAUGAUAAGGUUUACCUCUUGAAUAACUAUAAUACCUACAAAAAGUACGAGUAUCCAGUGGAGACAAAGAAAGUUACAUCGUUGAGUACUCAAACAGAUUCGGAGAUCUUAGAAUACGAGCCAAUUUCUGAAGAAAACGUCAAAGAAAAUUAUAGAAACCAGGUUAUAGACUAUGAAGAACUAAUUGAACUAGUUGAAAAUGGUAAAUUGGAUGAAGAAUAUGUUACUUUUGAUGCUCGGUCGACUGACAGAUUUUCAGGAGCAUCCCCAGAACCUAGGCCUGGCUUAUCAUCAGGUCAUAUUCCAUCUUCAUUAUCUUUACCAUUUUCUAAAGUUCUCAAUCAAUCUGAUAACACUUAUAAGACCAAAGAAGAAUUGAUUGAACUUUUCAAACAGGACUUCGGUAUAGAUUUUUCUAAACCAAACCCCACGAAUGGCAAGAAAAUAAUUGUUAUGUGUGGAACUGGGGUUACGGCAGUCAUAUUAAGAUUAGCUUUGGAAUCGGUUAUUCAAUGCAAUGUUCCAAUACGUGUAUAUGAUGGAAGUUGGACAGAAUGGGCCCAACGAGCACCUUCACAAUAUAUAGUUAAAACUAAAUAG